GACUCGACGUUCUACUGUUUCAACAGAAGUCGGAGAGAGAAUUCGUACCAGUACAGAUGGAUUGAUUGAAUGUUCUCACAGAAUUUGCGAAUCUCCUCUAAUAUCCUUUGUCUUGGAAGCAACAAGGCGAUGAUCCUGCGGCUCGGACCCCAAAGACGGAAUUUAACUGAGACAAAAUGAGCACUAGUAAUAGCAGCAACAAUCCUACCGAGGUACAUCGCAAAAUCGCGUUUCUUGGAUUUCGGGCUGUUGGAAAGUCUUCGAUAGUGAAUUCGUAUGUUACGGGGACUUUCUCAGAGACGUAAGUUGCUUGAGGUCGUGGAGUCAAAUCAACUGGUUGUAGCGUACACAAAUCAUCUACAUACAUUUUGCCCAAACUCACUCCGAACAGGAGUAUGCGGGUACAGAACCAUUGUGUGCUGAUCUAGAGUUUCUUGUACUUCUGAAUUUGACACAAAUUCCGUGCAGAUACGACCCAACAAUAGAGAGCACAUACAAUAAGACGAUCCGAUUCCGCAGAGUUAGUUUCUCAACGGAUAUUGUUGACACUGCUGGCAUGGAUGAAUUUUCGAGGUUAUCACGCAAUGCUUCGCUCGGGGUUCAUGGCUAUGCCCUAGUAUUUUCCAUUGCUUCCAGACAAUCCUUUGAGAUGAUUGAGCAAGUCAAUGGAGCCUUGUUGAAUUCGUUGGGUGAUCUCCCUGAUGUUCCUCGUGUACUAGUUGGCACCAAGAAGGAUCUGAAAGAUAGUCGACAGGUCAGCACUGCCGAUGCUCAAAAAUUAGCUGAUACCUGGGGAGUUCCUUAUAUUGAGUGUUCCGGCAAAACCGGGGAGAAAGUAGCGGAAGUUUUUCACAUGCUAAUGAAAGAAGUUGAAGCAGACGAUGGUUUACUGGUCGAAAACGAAGAAGGCGGGUGCAUAAUUUCGUGAAAUCUUAGUUCAAAUCUUGUCGAGAGCAAACGAAGCUCUGUGGCCAUCAGCAUCGCGCCAAUGAUAUCAAUCAUUUCAGCUCACAAAUACUUCCAAACGGGAUACAGAUUGCAUCAAAAGAAAAUUACCGAAACGUAUGGGAACUGAUGCUACUGCGCAAUCCGUGAGAAAAAAUCUCCCCACAACAGUUUGUUCCUGAAUUAUGGUCUGUCCAAGGUCAGUUCUACGAGGCUAUUUGAAGUGGCUUGGAACUUUACUUCAUAAGCAGUAGACUCCAACAAGGUUUCAAUAUGAUUUUUGGUUGCUUUGGAGUGUUAUUGGAGUGGUGACUUGAUGCAUUACUACAAAAUGUUCGUAUCGAUCUCUAUGUAAAUGAUAUCCGCCGAUUUCUUGACGGAACUCCAUCCUUUUCCUAGUCAUAGCAAAUGUUAGAAGAAGAAAAAUCUCUCUUCGGUUUGUUUAUGCUGACCCAUCUUCAAGGAAAGAAUUGGGAACAAGAGUAAUAAAACUACAACUUCGUACGAAGUAGAUGAUAGCGUUGAGGUCCGACAAACCAAAUAAUGACAACUAAAGUACCGUAGAGAACAGUACGUACGUAGUACUCGUGCUUUUCCUCUGGUAUGAAAUCCCAAAAAUCCAAAACUAGUGUCGUAAAAAAUUCCUCUGCCAUCUGACUGACAGGGGACAGACGCUUCCAGGAAAUCCACGAAAAUUCAUUUGGGCACCUGAAAACUGGAAAAUUUCAUUUUAUUUUGACAUUGUAACGUGUCCCGUUCGCAAUUACUCUACGAAGUUUUUGCUUCCGAAGAUUAGUCGUUCGUCCUCUCGCUCGCUCACUACUAAUGUAAUGAAUGAAUGAGCGUAAAAGAAGCACCACAAAUUCUGGUUGCGGAGUCGUCGCCUAUUUUGAACCCUACCCAACCAUUUUCGAAUACCCUCAUUUCUCACUUAAUUAUGACACAGAACGAACCAGCAUCGCUAGUGGAAGCCAAAAGCGAUAGCGACGAGGAUUCAGAAUGCAGUGGUUUUGGAUUUGCAGCUUUGGAUCUGACGGGGGUAAAUUUUGACGAUGACAACGAUAACGACGAAAGUUCCACUUUGAAUCUCUCGGAAGAAGACUAUGAGGCAUUGAAACUCGAGAGGAAAUUGUUGAUGGCACAAGAAGAUACAUUGAUUGAAAAUCUCAUCGACUCGGCGACGCAAACAGAUGAAAAGGGGGAAAGUACCUGUCCGUCGUCCUCUUCGUCUCAAUGGAAACGACUUCUUCAACUUGCCGAUCUGGUGACCGACGGAAAAUACGUUGAUGCUCUCAAAAGCGACUCAUCGAGAUGGUUGCUCUCUGUUGAAGAAGUCGAUGACAAAAAUGGUGGUGGCAAUUACGAUAAUUUUUUUUGGGAUAGAGUGCAGCAAAAACUCAUGAAAUUACAAACUGUGUCUGAAUGUGUGGAGGCAGAGAUAAUUGGAAUUGCUGCCUUCAAUCUAUUCUUGCAAUUGAACUACACUGGUCCAUCUCUUGAAGACAUUCAAGUCGGUAGUAGUAACGAAAAAAAAUCUGAUCCUCUCGAGGGUAUCAACCCGCAUGCCUGUUUUGGAAGCUACCUCCAAUCAUCUGAUGAACAAGGGGAGAAAGCAAAUCUUGGCAUUACGAACAAAAGGGAUACAAAUUAUCACAACUCAGUUCUUUCUGAACUUUCUGUGAAUGGAAUGUGGCCAUGUCAAGUUGCAGAAGUCCCUUAUCUGUUGCUGCUAGCUCGUUCUAUUUUCUCGAACCUGGUUCCAGUGUCUACUGAAAGCAUAUCAUUGCCAAAGAGCUGGAUGACGAAUGAUGUAGCAUCAUAUAAGUCCGUGUUUAAGGGGAGAAGCGCUCCGGAACAUUUCAUCUCAAUCACGAGCAAGCUAACUGCAGCCCCUUUAUGGAGUGCUCGUGCAAUUGUAGCUCAUGAGAGACUUCUUCUUGGGGAUGAGCCUUCCGAAAGAUUAUGGAAUGAAAUCGAGACGAUUUUCGACCAACGCUGCCUGGUGGAUUUCGAUGCUGAAGAUCAAGAAAAAUUUUCUGAAACCAAAAAGUUAAAAUCAAUGAUCUACUUAGAGUAUGGAUUGGCUUCCCAUUAUUUCGAGCACGCAAAGAAGGGCAAAAGGCUCUUUGAUUUGGCAAAGGAAACAUCUGGAUUGACGGUCGAAAUGACUGGAUCUGAAGGCAAGCGAACCAAGUAUCAGUCAACUUCUACUGCCCAGAUGAUUGUAAGAGCCUCCUCUGCGAAGACUCCAAGCGACAGUGCAAGAGUAGACCCAUCAGAAGAAUCACCUACUGAAUCAAAUGAAACUGAUACCAAAUCCAAGAGGAUUGAGCACAACGAGGAAAGUCAUCUCCUCGAAAAUAUCAAAUAUGAAGAUGAAAACGACAACAGAGUUUCAGAGCUGAAUGUCUUGGACCAGAGUAUUAUAUUAGCACUAUGCCUGGAUGUAAAGAACACAAAUCCAGCAGAUGGUUUAACAGGAGAGGAGAUGGGAGCUUAUUUGUCUCGCGUUCUCCAUCAUCACGAUGAUUGGAUCAUUUAUUCCACUGCUUUACUGGAGAGAGCGUGGCUUGAAUUCGAGGGCAACCAUACGAAGGAAAGAGCCAUUCUUCAGAUGCAGGCUCUGGCAGAUCAACAUACGAAUCGCUUAACUAUAACACAAUCUACAAGAAAAAGUGUAGAAGAAUCUUCGCCGGUUCAAGAGCGUCUAAGAAAUCUUCACAGCAUUGUAUAUCCGCCAAGAUGGCAAAUGCUUGCAGAUAUUGCGGAUCGCUAUGCUUCACUUGGUAUUGUAACGACUGCGGCAGAAAUAUUCACUGACAUCGAAUAUUGGGACGAAGCGGUGGAGUGUUACAGACGAGCUGGAAAAGACAGCAAAGCAGAAGAGAUUGUAAAGGAGAGACUUUCGAUGAAUGAAACACCUCGAAUGUGGAUGGCGCUUGGUGAUCUGACCAAUGAUCCUACGCACUACGAAAAGGCGAUUGAACUGUCAAGAGGACGCUUCUCGAUGGCGUAUAUUGCGUUAGGGAAGUAUUAUUACGAUAGCAACGACCUUGAGAAAUCGGCGUUGGCAUAUACCCAAGGCCUCAAAUUGCGCCCCCUCAUCCCUUCCGUUUGGUUCCGUUUGGGCACCAUAAACAUGAAGCUCGGAGACUGGAAUGCUGCAUUAACAGCCUUUUCCGAGGUUGUACAGCAACGCCCAGAUUCGUGCGACGCUUGGUCAAAUGUAGCAGCAAUACAUAUGCACAACAAGA